AUGUCGAACGUUUUCUUUCCAUACUCCAAGGCGCCUCUGCGCACCAUUAAGGAGAUUCAGUUUGGUCUUUUCGCUCCCGAGGAGAUCAAGCGCAUGAGUGUGGUCCACAUCGAGUACCCUGAGACUAUGGAUGAACAACGUCAACGGCCUCGGACCAAGGGUAUCAACGACCCGCGUCUCGGCACGAUCGAUCGUCAAUACAACUGUGAGACUUGUGAAGAAGGCCCCAAGGAAUGUCCUGGACAUUUCGGUCACAUUGAGCUUGCGUCUCCAGUAUUUCACAUCGGUUUUGUAACCAAAAUUAAGAAGCUCUUAGAGACCGUUUGCCACAACUGCGGAAAAAUCAAGGCCAACCAGGCCGAUUCUAAGUUCGCCGAAGCCCUCCGAUUCCGUGACCCAAAGCGUCGAUUCGAUCACAUUUGGCGACUUUCUAAGGAUGUGCUUGUCUGUCAAGCGGAUCCUCCUGCUGACGACGAAGAAUUCUCGAAGGAUCCCCAGCAGCACUCCCACGGUGGCUGCGGUAACGCCCAGCCUACUGUGCGAAAGGAAGGAAUCACUCUUGUUGGAACAUGGAAGCCCAGCAAGGCUAUGAUGGAAGAUGAAAUGGCACAGCCCGAGAAGAAGGUUAUCACGCCUGCCAUGGCCUUGAACAUUUUCCGAAACAUCUCCCACGAAGAGGUCCGCAUCAUGGGUCUCAGCAAUGACUAUGCUCGCCCCGAAUGGAUGAUCCUUACCGUCCUUCCCGUCCCACCCCCGACUGUUCGUCCAAGUGUUGUUAUGGGAGCCACGAGCAACGCUCGUGGUGAAGAUGACUUGACAUAUAAGCUUGCUGAAAUUGUUCGUGCCAACCAGAACGUACAACGUUGUGAGCAAGAAGGUGCCCCUGAGCACGUCAUUCGCGAGUUCGAAUCUCUGCUUCAGUACCACAUUGCUACAUACAUGGAUAACGAUAUUGCCGGUCAACCCAAGGCCAUGCAAAAGGGAAACCGUCCCGUGAAGGCUCUGCGUAGUCGCCUGAAGGGUAAGGAAGGUCGUUUACGCCAGAACUUGAUGGGCAAGCGUGUUGAUUUCUCUGCCCGUACUGUCAUCACUGGUGAUCCCAAUUUGUCUCUUGAUGAAGUGGGUGUUCCAUACUCGACAGCCCGAAUCCUGACCUACCCAGAAGUUGUUACCCCUUACAACAUUGAGAAGCUUCAAAAGUUGGUCUCAAACGGACCCAAUAUCCACCCUGGUGCCAGGUACAUUGUUCGUGAUAACGGUGAGCGCAUUGACUUGCGUCACGCCAAGCGCGCUGGUACUCAGCAGCUUCUUUAUGGUUGGAAGGUCGAGCGUCAUUUGGACAACGGUGACUACAUUCUUUUCAAUCGUCAGCCUUCACUUCACAAGGAAUCCAUGAUGGGUCACCGUGUCCGUGUCAUGCCCUUCUCAACAUUCCGAAUGAAUUUGUCUGUGACCAGUCCUUACAACGCCGAUUUCGACGGUGACGAAAUGAACUUGCACGUCCCCCAGGGCGAAGAAGCACGGGCUGAGCUUGCUGAAUUGACUCUGGUUCCAAAGAACAUUGUUUCGCCUCAGCGUAACGGUCCUUUGAUGGGUAUUGUGCAGGAUACCCUUUGCGGAAUCUACAAGAUCUGUCGUCGUGAUACCUUCCUCACUAAGGCUCAGGUCAUGAACCUUAUGAUGUGGGUUCCCAAUUGGGACGGUGUUAUUCCUCCACCGGCUAUUGUGAAGCCCCGUCCUCGAUGGACCGGAAAACAGAUGAUCAGUAUGGCUUUCCCCUCUGGUCUGAAUCUGUUGCGUGUGGACAAGGAUGGUGCUGCUUUGACUGAGAAAUUCGCUCCUCUCAAUGAUGGCGGUCUUCUGAUUCACGGUGGACAGUUGAUGUAUGGAAUGCUUUCUAAGAAGACUGUUGGUGCUAGCGGUGGUGGUGUCAUUCACACCAUCUUCAAUGAGUACGGCCCUGACACGGCUGUCAACUUCUUUAAUGGUGCUCAAACCAUUGUUGGCUACUGGCUCCUUCACAACGGUUUCAGCAUCGGUAUCGGUGACACCAUUCCCGAUCAGCUGACUAUCCAGAAGAUCGAGGAGGCUGUCCGUAAUCGAAAGCAAGAAGUCGAGACUAUCACAGCUAGCGCCACUGAAAACACUCUUGAGGCUCUACCUGGUAUGAACGUCCGUGAGACAUUCGAGAGUAAGGUCUCUCGCGCUCUGAACAACGCUCGUGAUGAAGCUGGUGAUGCCACCGAGAAGAGUUUGAAGGAUUUGAACAACGGCAUUCAAAUGGCUCGCUCUGGUUCCAAGGGUUCCGCUAUCAACAUUUCACAAAUGACUGCUCUUGUCGGCCAGCAAUCCGUGGAAGGAAAGCGUAUCCCAUUCGGCUUCAAGUACCGUACUUUGCCUCAUUUCACCAAGGAUGAUUACUCUCCCGAGUCCCGUGGAUUCGUCGAGAAUUCGUACUUGCGUGGUCUGACUCCCACCGAGUUCUUCUUCCACGCCAUGGCUGGUCGUGAGGGUCUUAUUGAUACCGCUGUCAAGACUGCCGAAACUGGUUACAUUCAGCGUAAGCUGGUCAAGGCUUUGGAAGAAGUCAUGGUUAAGUACGAUGGUACUGUCCGCAACUCUCUCGGCGAUAUCAUCCAGUUCAUUUACGGAGAAGACGGUCUUGAUGGUGCGCACAUUGAGAACCAGCGAGUCGACAUCAUCAAGUGCUCUGAUGAGAAGCUCCGCGAACGUUUCCGUGUUGAUGUUAUGGAUCCUGAGCGGACUCUCGGACCCGAGGUCUUGGAGCAGGCUAACGAAAUCGCCGGUGAUAUGGAGGUGCAAAGAUACUUCGAUGAAGAGUGGGAGGCAAUCCUUAAGGACCGCGACUUCCUGCGUACCGUGGCCAAGGGAGAUGAGGAAAUGAUGCAACUUCCCAUCAACAUUCAGCGUAUUCUCGAGAUGGCUCGUACCACAUUCCGCAUUCGCGAGGGUACCAUCAGUGAUUUGCACCCUGCUGAAGUCAUUCCUCAGGUCCAGGCCCUCCUGGAUCGUUUGAUGAUCGUCCGUGGUAACGACGUUAUCUCACUCGAGGCACAGGACAAUGCAACAUUAUUGUUCAAGGCUCAGCUUCGCAGUCGUCUUGCUUUCCGUCGUCUCGUUACCGACUACUCUCUUAACAAGCUUGCAUUCCAGCAUGUGAUCGGUGCCAUUGAAAUGCGCUUUGCCCGUGCGGCAGCCAACCCUGGUGAAAUGGUUGGUGUCCUUGCAGCCCAGUCCAUUGGUGAGCCCGCUACUCAGAUGACUUUGAACACUUUCCACUUUGCUGGUGUGUCAUCUAAGAACGUCACCCUGGGUGUACCCCGUCUGAAGGAAAUUCUGAAUGUUGCUACCAACAUUAAGACUCCCUCAAUGACUGUGUACCAGCAGGGCAUGAAGACUCACAACAAAGAAGGUGCCAAGACACUGCGAAGUCUCGUCGAGCACACCAGUCUACGCUCCGUCACUGAGUCCACUGAGAUCUACUAUGACCCGGACAUUCAAUCCACUGUCAUUGAGAACGAUCGGGAUAUGGUUGAAUCGUACUUUAUCAUUCCCGAAGAUGUUGGCGAUGAUGCUGCCUCGCAGUCCAAGUGGCUGCUCCGUAUCGUGCUCAGCCGGCCCUCCCUUCUUGACAAGGGUCUCACUGUUCAGGACGUUGCUACCAGGAUUAAGCAGGCGUACCCCCGUGACAUUGCAGUCAUCUUCAGUGAUAACAACGCCGAUGAACAAGUUAUCCGUAUCCGUCAAGUUCAGGACUACAAGGACGACGAUGAUGAGGAUGUCGAAUAUGAUGUGACUUUGAAGAAGCUUGAGCAGCACCUGCUCGACACAUUAACCCUGCGUGGUGUUCCCGGUGUUGAUCGUGCGUUCAUUAAUGAGAAGAGCAAGGUUCGUGUCAUCGAAGAUGGCUCGCUUCACACAAGCAAGUCCGAUCCCCUCUGCAAAGAAUGGGUCCUCGAGACAAGUGGUUCUUCGCUGGCCGCGGUUCUCUCAAUCCCCGGUGUCGACGCUUCUCGCACGUACUCCAACCAGUUUAUCGAGAUUUUCGAGGUGUUCGGUAUUGAGGCUGCCCGUACCGCUGUCCUUCGUGAAUUGACCCAGGUGCUUGCCUUUGACGGUUCCUACGUUAAUCAUCGUCACUUGGCUCUUCUGGUCGAUGUGAUGACUGUGCGUGGUUAUCUGACCCCGGUCACUCGUCAUGGUAUCAACCGUGCCGACAAUGGUGCACUCAUGCGUUGUUCGUUCGAAGAGACUGUUGAGAUUCUUUUGGAAGCCGCGGCCUUCGGAGAACUUGACGACUGCCGUGGUGUCUCAGAGAACUUGAUCCUCGGACAAAUGGCACCCGCUGGAACGGGAGAGUUUGACGUCUACUUGGAUCAGUCUUUGCUCAACACGGUGGUGUCAAACAAUGCACGCUUCGGCCUCAUGGGCGCUGUCGGCGCCAAGGACGCCAUCAUUCCGGAUGGCGCUGCGACUCAGUACGACACUGGAUCUCCUAUGGCAAGCUCGCCGCGGUACAUGACCGAUAGUGACCCUGAUGCAUCCUUCUCGCCUAUGCACCAGAUUGGCCAGGAUGCCCCACCAGGCUUGACAGACUACCAGCCGUCUGGCUUUGGUUUAUCGAGCAUGAGCCCUGGUGGUCGCAGCCCCGGCGGUUACUCUCCCACCAGUCCAUUCAAUACCAGUCCCACGUCUCCUGGUUAUUCCCCCAGCUCGAGUUACUCUCCAACAUCGCCUAGCAUGGGUAUGACCAGCCCGCGCAUGUCCUUCUCGCCUGGCUUCUCGCCCACAAGUCCGUCGAUGAACCCAACGUCUCCGGCUUACUCGCCAACCUCGCCUGCCUAUGGCCAAGUGUCCCCGACUUCACCGUCGUACUCUCCGACAUCGCCUGGCUUCUCGCCUACGUCGCCAAGCUACAGUCCAACAUCCCCCAGCUUCAGUCCCGCGUCGCCGGCGUUUAGUCCGACAUCACCUACCUAUAGUCCUACCAGUCCUGCCAUUGCAGGCGUUGGUCGGCACCUGUCCCCCACUUCACCAACCUCCCCGAAGUUCUCUCCCACCAGCCCGCAGUCAUACUCGCCUAGCUCUCCCAACUUCUCUGGCUCCCCAACCUCGCCUGGUGCCGGGGCUUACAGCCCGACUUCUCCGGCUUUCAGCCCUUCGUCGCCACGUCAAUAA